UAAAUAGAGAUCAUGCAGACUGACAUUUUAUUCAUCACCUGUUUUUCGACAAAGAGAGUGUUAUAACUUAAAUUCAGUUAAAGAAAAUGGCUUCAAAGACUUUGAUUCUGCUGGGUGUCUUUGCAUUUCUUCUCGUUGUGUCAGAAAUGGCCGCAGCAUCUGCACAGAAGUCGGAGAGUGAGGACACUGUGCAACCUGAUCGAUAUGGUGGUGGCCAUGGCGGAAAUGAAGGUUACAACGGACGAGGAGGAUAUAACAGAGGAGGAGGACACAACGGUGGUGGAGGAUACAACGGAGGUGGAGGAUACAACGGGGGAGGAGGAUACAACGGCGGUGGAGGAUACAAGGGAGGAAGAGGUGGAGGAUACAAGGGAGGAAGAGGAGGCCGUGGGGGACACGGAGGAAGAGGAGGCCACGGCGGACACGGUGCAGAAGCUGUGCAGACUCAGACUGGCAACUAAAUCUAUCAAUACUUUAACCACCAUGGAUGAUUUCAUCUAUGUAUACACAUGUGUGUAUGACUAUAAGUAAAACCAUGGUGAGUUUGUAAAAGUUACUUAAGUCAAAUAAAAGAAAUUAGGUGAAUAAAGUUUCGUAAUGUAA